ACACAGAAACCGCCACAAAAACACUACCUGACAACUCGACAUGUAAACAAAGCCACGUGGUCAGGUCAAAGAAAACUUCCUCUUUACAAGGCACACUAUACCAAACCUUUGCUGCCACAAUUAUUAUUGUUUGAGCCUCUAUUCAUAAAUUCAGAUGAUAUUCUUAAAAGAGCCUAUAAGUGUAUCAAGGCAGGCAAUCUGUAAUUUUCUACUGACCUCAAUGGAAGUAUACUAAUAUAUACUUGCAUUUUCAUGUACUAAACAACAGGCAAAUCCAUUUAAUGUAAAGAAAAUAUAAUUUUGUAUCAGAGACUUUAUUUUUGCGGUACGAUCACUAUCCUCGGGUACUUGGGCAGCGAGCAAACCAAAACACAGGACCAUGCUUACUCGACUACCCUGCACAAUGGAUACAUCACCGCCACAAUCAUGGACUACAACGGAAUUAAGAAAAUUCCUGAAAGAACGAGCUAUACCCUAUUCUGGAUAUAGUAAAGCAGUGCUGGUUGGCAUGGUCGAGAAGGCCAUCGCUAAUCCAGGCAUCACGGAAAUCACACAGCCCAGUGAUGUUGUGGUAGCUGGUAUUACAAGAAGAACAGUUUCUGUAAACGGAAAUGUAAUCUUAUUUCCCGAUCCACGUGUCAUAACCUCAUGGGAAAAAGACUUAACAUCCCUACCUCACCUGACGUCAGCCAAAUGCUUGGUGUAUCUCCUUUCUAAGGGAGGGUGGUCCUCAGAACGGGCUAUAUCAUAUGAAAAAGAAAGGGGAUAUCAGCUCUUCAUGGAGUCACACAUUGAUGAAGUAGAACUGAAUCAAGAAGACCACAACAUGACAUAUGUAUGGGCCUUGUGCAGGAGGCAGACUGCACAGUCUGAAAAGCCAUACCAAGUGUGGCUUUUACUGAACACCACUGGAACGAUUGAGACUGCUGGCUGCCAAUGCAUAGGAGAUGAUGGAAGUUGCAAGCACGUUGUGGCUCUAAUGUUUGCCAUAGAAGACUUUGUGUCACGUAGAGGGGAUCAUGCUUCAGCACCAACCUGCACUGAUCUUCCAUGUAUGUGGAACAAGCCUCGUCGCAACACCAAACAAAUAAAGGCAGUCGAUCUAGAUCACAGUGGUCAACCCAGCACCAUCUCUGUGGUCCGUCCCAGGUUUGGAUAUAACAAUUUCUUUCAGAAUGUGGUAUUCUCAGAGCUAAGCCACUACAUGUCAUCGCUGUGCCAUGUAGUCAAGCAAAAUGGGCUAUUUUAUUUAUUUUUUUUUAAUCCUAUGUGCAUACCGUUACCACUUCCGAGAAAGAAUUAUGUAGAAAAGUGUAUUCUAGUUCGUAUUUGCAUCUUAAUGUAUAUAGAAUGAGAUUCUAGGCAAAUUUGUUAUUGUUCCCUGUGUGAUGAAGAACCUCAUGCCUGGUGCUGCCA